AUGGAUAGUACAAGACUCUAUAGUGACUCAGAGUUUCUAGCAGAACACAUGGGAUUUCUUCCCGAGCGGGUGAUGGAUGAAAUAUAUGAUACAACCAAUAAAGUUGUAUACGAGGCUAUGAAAGGCAUGCGGUUGUAUUUUGAAUCUCUUCCAGGGAUAGAUAUUGCAGCCCUUAGUGAGAAAAACUGCAAUUUUUUUUUUAAAAAAAGGUUUUCAUACUGUCAGAAUUGGAAGGUCUAUGACAAACGUGUUGAAACAGAAAUUGAUUGCGCUCAUACUGAACUACAAAAAUACGUUGUUGGAAAUGUACUCAGAUUACCUACAAGUCUUCAUAUUACACUUGAUCACUACAAGGAUCUUGAUCUCGAUAGUACUGAAGAGGAUGAAGUUGACUUAAACAAGCAACUUGAAAAGGCGCGAAAAGAUCUCUUGACGCAAAAGGCUUUCAAGAAUCGAUUAAUUAUUGAAGAAAAACAAGUAGAUGAUCAAAUGACAGCAUUGGAAAAGCACAAACGAGCUUAUGGAUUUUUGUCAAAAAUGCCACAAGAAGGGGAUGUGUGGCCAAUCAAUGAUGCCAUGAGGAUGGUAACAGAGAAUGUCAGAGCACUCAACCAGGCAAUCUACAGGGUUCUUGAGCGUAUCUCUAUGGAUGGAAGCAUGGAUAGGCUGGUUAGGCCUGACGAGCGUACACUAUAUUUGCGACGUGUAGUAAAGGAAAAGAUCGACGAUUUUCAGAAUACGAUGUCUGAUCUACGAAAUUCCUUGCCAAGAGUGUAA